UUCAACCCAACAGUUCCCCUAAUGUCAAAACGUCCGGCUAGAAUCGUUUCGCUUGCCAAAUGAAGCAAGCCGUGGAGGGGGGAAGAGAGAAGAAGGUGUCGUGGAUGCGCAAUGUGGAGAGACAAGACGAAUAUCGAUGUUGGAAGCCGCGCAAAAAUAGCAAAAACCUGAGAGCCAAGAUCGCCCCUUUUCGGAGGAGUUGGGGAGACGAGAUACAAACAGGGGUUCCCCUUUUCGUUGAAGAGUCUCCUGCCAUGCGUUGCCUCUUUGCACUCCUUUGAGAAUUUCUCCGACAGGACUCAUCGCUUGGAGGAAGAGGAGGGGGUUCUCCGUCACGGUCUCCACAGUUUUCUUGAUCGGAGUCUCCUCCUGAUGGCUUCGCCACCGCUGCCAUCGUCUUCAUCUCCGCCGCCAUCGCCUUCACCCCCGCCUCCACCCUCAGCAUCACCCCCGCCGCCACCGGCCUCUUCUCCACCUCCCCCAGAUUCAAAGUCUUCUCCCCCUCCCCCGAACGGCUCACGUUCCCCUCCACCACCUCCUAAAUCAUCCAAUUCUCCUCCCUCCCCACCACCGCCUCCUCCUCCUCCGCCACCCCCGCCUCCGCCUCCUCCUCCACCCCCGUCCAACUCUUCUAGCCCCAGCUCGUCGCCCAAUGCGCCCCUCAUUGUGGGAUUGGCAGUUGGAGGAGGAUUGUUGCUACUGAUCAUGCUUGCGUUUGUCUGGUCAUGCGCUAGAAAGAGGAGGAGACCGCACGAUCAAAUGAACUAUUAUAGGGACAACUCCAACGGAUCCAGAUUCAGUGAUUAUUACAGUGGCCCACAGCGUCAGCCGGCGAAUUGGCAACACAAUCCACCCAUGGAACACAUGGUCAAGGUACCUUCACCUCAGGGGGCGAUGAGCACGGGGUAUGGCAGUUGGUCACAUCCACCGCCGUCAGCAAGCAGUGGCCAGCCGAGCUCGGAGUUCUCUGGCCCACAUGGCCCGCCGUUGCCGCCACCUCCCCCGUCCUUUGCAUUAGGGUUCACGCAGAGUACCUUCACGUACGAGGAGCUAGCAGCUGCGACUGGAGGGUUCUCGCAGGUGAACUUGUUGGGAGAAGGCGGGUACGGCUAUGUGUACAAAGGGGUGUUGCCCAACGGGAAGGAGAUAGCAGUGAAGUCGCUGAAGAGCGGUAGUGGGCAAGGGGACCGCGAGUUGCAGGCAGAGGUUGAGAUCAUCAGCCGCGUGCACCAUCGCCACCUCGUGUCUCUCGUGGGUUAUUGCAUUGCGGAGAGCCAAAGGAUAUUGAUUUACGAGUUUGUGCCCAAUAACACCCUUGAAUAUCAUCUCCACGGGAAGGAUCGCCCUGUCAUGAACUGGCCGAUCAGGCAUAGAAUAGCAUUGGGUGCAGCCAGAGGACUUGCUUACCUCCAUGAAGAUUGUCACCCAAAAAUCAUUCACCGGGAUAUCAAAGCUGCGAACAUACUACUCGAUUUCAACUUUGAAGCCAAGGUGUCUGAUUUUGGCCUUGCCAAGCUAUCUACGGACAAUCAUACUCACGUGUCGACGCGGGUGAUGGGGACAUUUGGAUAUUUAGCUCCGGAGUAUGCAGCGAGCGGCAAGUUGACUGAUAAAUCUGAUGUCUUCUCUUUCGGAGUGAUGCUCUUGGAACUAAUAACUGGAAAACGCCCCAUUGACGCCGAUAUGGACGACAGCCUCGUGGAUUGGGCAACACCGAUCAUCACAACUGCUCUGGCGGAGGGAGAUUACGGCAAGUUGGUGGAUCCGCGUCUACAGGACAGCUAUGUCCCUCAGGAGAUGGCACGCAUGGUUGCUUGCGCCGGCGCAUGCAUCAGACGCUCUUCCAAGAGAAGGCCCCGAAUGAGUCAGAUCGUCCAUGCGCUCCAAGGCGAUGUCUCAUUAGACGAAAUGCACGAGUGGGCGAAGCCAAUCAACAGCUCGACUUUCGAAGGCAGCAGCAAUGGGACAGGUUCCUACAUUUCGGACAUGAAAAUGCUUAGAGAAAGCGCUCUUAACGGCGAACUAGAUGUCAGCAGUGAUUACGGACGUAAUCCUUCCGUUUCUUCGACCGGCAGUGACUCCCGCGAGUUGAGCAAGAACGAGAACCUUUGAGCGGGGUCGAUCCUGUCUCAAGCAUCUCUCGACGUGGCAGGCUCAGCAAUGUGAAUGUCUCCCUCUCUCUUCGAAUCCUGAGAAGUUCUUGAUCGAUGCCGAAAUUUGUUUCUUUUUUUCAUAAGUGAUCUACGAUCCCAGCUGUCGAACAACUUAUUGGCGUUUUCGUAGAUGUCGUGUGUAAACUGGCGUUUCGUAGGAUGACAUACAGUUCAGGUUCGUAUGACAUCAACGACCUGUUUAUGUAGCUUCGGAUUGGUCAUAUGUGGCU